UAGUUAACCACCAAAGAACGGUGAUCAUCGCUUUUAAAAGUAGGUCAAUAAGUGAAAUACAAGCGACACACCCUUUAUUUUGCCGGCUACAUAAACCCGUUUGAAGGUGAUUCAAGCCAUCAGUUGUUCAAUUCAUCAACAGUACGCAACAUGAAACUAUUUGUCAUCGCCGCUUUCUUGGCUGUUGCUGCCGCUGCGCCUUCCAGCUACAAGCCGGAAUACAAAGCCCCCAGCUAUACUACCCCAAGCUACCCUGCACCAAAGUACCCUACUCCUAGCUACCCUGCACCAGCUUACCCUACUCCCAGCUACAACAAGGAUAACAAAUACGCUGAUAUCACCAUCACCAGCCAAUCUGACGAACGCAACCUCGAUGGCAGCAGCCAAUGGAGCUAUGCCCAGUCUGACUACACUACCCGUGAAGAGUCUCAAGUUCAGAAGAAAAUGCAAGGAGUCACCUACGACUCUUACGGCAAAGAAUCGUACGGUGAAGUCCUAGGCAACACCAACAAGGGAUCCUCUUACUGGGUUUCCCCUGAAGGCCAGAAAUUCACUUUGACCUGGGCCGCUGAUGAAGCUGGAUUCCAGCCCAAAGGUGAUCACUUGCCCGUCCCACCCGUCCACGAGUACGAACUCCCAGUUGCUCCUGUCCACGAAUACGAACUUCCAGUUGCCCCUGCUCUCCCUUAUACGCGCACUGGACUUGGUUUUUAAAAUAUAAGCAUUUCGUAAGUGAUACCUGAUUGAUGCGAACUGUGCAGUUCUAACUUAUUGAUGUUCAAAUAAACGGAAUGGAAACUGAA